AUGAAAUGUUUGCAAAGACUCACUCCUGACCCCUACAGACUCUCUCCUGACCUCUGCAGACUCACUCCUGACCCCUACAGACUCACUCCUGACCCCUACAGACUCACUCCUGACCCUACAGACUCACUCCUGACCCCUGCAGACUCACUCCUGACCCCUGCAGACUCACUCCUGACCUCUGCAGACUCACUCCUGACCCCUACAGACUCACUCCUGACCCCCGUAGACUCACUCCUGACCCCUACAGACUCACUCCUGACCCCUGCAGACUCACUCCUGACCCCUACAGACUCACUCCUGACCCCUACAGACUCACUCCUGACCCCUACAGACUCACUCCUGACCUCUGCAGACUCACUCCUGACCCCUACAGACUCACUCCUGACCUCUGCAGACUCACUCCUGACCCCUACAGACUCACUCCUGACCCCUACAGACUCACUCCUGACCUCUGCAGACUCACUCCUGACCCCUGCAGACUCACUCCUGACCCCUACAGACUCACUCCUGACCCCCGCAGACUCACUCCUGACCCCUACAGACUCACUCCUGACCCCUACAGACUCACUCCUGACACAUGCAGACUCACUCCUGACCCCUACAGACUCUGGACUCUUUGGUCAGAGUUAUGCUCAGAUCUCUGUGGAUUUUGUCUCUUUUUGGAUCAAACUGGUCUUGUUCGUGGUCUUGUUCGUGGUCUGGUCGUGGGUCGAUGUCAAAGUGGUGAUGCUGGGGAAGGAGAGCGUGGGGAAAACCAGCCUCGUUGAGAGAUACGUGCACAACCGCUUCCUGGUCGGACCCUACCAGAACGUAAGCCCCCCGUACCGGCACGCAAUCUCCCCGUACCGGAACGUAAGCUCCCCGUACCGGAACGUAAGCUCCCCGUACCAGAACGUAAGCCCCCCUUACCGGCACGCAAUCUCCCCGUACCGGAACGUAAGCUCCCCGUACCAGAACGUAAGCUCCCCGUACCAGAACGUAAGCUCCCCGUACCAGAACGUAAGCUCCCCGUACCAGAACGUAAGCUCCCCGUACCAGAACGUAAGCUCCCCGUACCAGAACAUAAGCUCCCCGUACCGGAACAAAAGCUCCCCGUACCAGAACGUAAGCUCCCCGUACCAGAACGUAAGCUCCCCGUACCAGAACGUAAGCUCCCCGUACCAGAACGUAAGCUCCCCGUACCAGAACGUAAGCUCCCCGUACCAGAACGUAAGCUCCCCGUACCAGAACGUAAGCUCCCCGUACCAGAACGUAAGCUCCCCGUACCAGAACGUAAGCUCCCCGUACCAGAACGUAAGCUCCCCGUACCAGAACGUAAACUCCCCGUACCAGAACGUAAGCUCCCCUUACCAGAACGUAAGCUCCCCGUACCGGCACGCAAUCUCCCUGUACUGGAACGUAAGCUCCCCGUACCGGAACAACGUAAGCUCCCCGUACCGGAACGUAAGCUCCCCGUACCGGAACGUAAGCUCCCCGUACCGGAACGUAAGCUCCCCGUACCGGAACGUAAGCUCCCCGUACCGGAACGUAAGCUCCCCGUACCGGAACGUAAGCUCCCCGUACCAGAACGUACCGGAACGUAAGCUCCCCACGAUCGGAGCUGCGUUUGUGGCCAAAGCCAUUCAGGUCGGAGACAAAGUCAUCACUCUGGGAAUCUGGGUGAGUGUCACAUCUGCCCUACAUCUGCCCUACAUCUGCCCUACAUCUGCCCUACAUCUGCCCUACAUCUGCCCUACAUCUGCCCUACAUCUGCCCUACAUCUGCACUACAUCUGCCCUACAUCUGCCCCACACCUGCCCUACAUCUGCACUACAUCUGCCCUACAUCUGCCCUACAUCUGCCCCACAUCUGCCCUACAUCUGCACUACAUCUGCCCUACAUCUGCCCUACAUCUGCCCUACAUCUGCCCUACAUCUGCCCUACAUCUGCACUACAUCUGCCCUACAUCUGCCCCACAUCUGCCCUACAUCUGCCCUACAUUUGCCCCACAUCUGCCCUACAUCUGCCCUACAUCUGCCCCACAUCUGCCCUACAUCUGCCCUACAUCUGCCCUACAUCUGCCCCACAUCUGCCCUACAUCUGCACUACAUCUGCCCUACAUCUGCCCUACAUCUGCCCUACAUCUGCCCCACAUCUGCCCUACAUCUGCCCUACAUCUGCCCUACAUCUGCCCCACAUCUGCCCUACAUCUGCCCUACAUCUGCCCUACAUCUGCCCUACAUCUGCCCCACACCUGCCCUACAUCUGCCCCACAUCUGCCCUACAUCUGCACUACAUCUGCCCUACAUCUGCCCUACAUCUGCCCUACAUCUGCCCCACAUCUGCCCUACAUCUGCCCCACACCUGCCCUACAUCUGCCCUACAUCUGCCCUACAUCUGCCCUACAUCUGCCCUACAUCUGCCCCACACCUGCCCUACGUCUGCCCUACACCUGCCCUACAUCUGCCCUACAUCUGCCCUACAUCUGCCCCACAUCUGCCCCACACCUGCCCUACGUCUGCCCCACACCUGCCCUACAUCUGCCCCACACCUGCCCUACAUCUGCCCUACAUCUGCCCUACACCUGCCCUACAUCUGCCCCACAUCUGCCCCACAUCUGCCCUACAUCUGCCCUACAUCUGCCCUACAUCUGCCCUACAUCUGCCCUACAUCUGCCCCACACCUGCCCUACAUCUGCCCUACAUCUGCCCUACAUCUGCCCCACACCUGCCCUACGUCUGCCCUACACCUGCCCUACGUCUGCCCUACACCUGCCCUACAUCUGCCCCACACCUGCCCUACAUCUGCCCCACAUCUGCAAGUAUAAAAUCUCUAGCUUUAGCAUAA